AUGUCGUCAUCGUCCUCGACCGCACCGACCUUCCCCAAACCCCUUCCGCUCCCUCUUCCUCAGGACCUGCUCGAGUCGAUCAAUGCUCAUCUAUCCAACCUCACUCCCGAGGAAAUCCUGAAAUGGGGUGUAGAGCACCUCCCCAACUUGCACCAGACCACUGCAUUCGGUUUGACUGGCCUCGUCGCCAUCGACAUGCUCUCAAAACUCACCGAUAACCCCCCUCCUCUCAUCUUCCUCGACACCCUCUACCACUUCCCCGAAACAUACGAAUUGGUUGAAGAAGUGAAGCAGAAAUACGGAUAUGUCGGAAAGACAGCUCAAGACGCUCGGGAGGGCAAGAGGAUCUAUGUCUAUAGACCCGAAGGCUGCGAUACCGUCGCUGAAUUCGAGAAAGAGCACGGUGAAAAAUUGUGGGAGAGGGACGAGGACAAGUACGACUUCCUGAUCAAGGUCGAGCCCGCACGCAGAGCCUAUCAAGACCUCAACGUCCAAUCCGUCAUCACAGGACGACGCGCAUCUCAAGGCGCCGACCGCGCCAAUCUACCCCCUCUUGAAGUCGACAGCACCGGCUUGCUCAAACUUAACCCCCUCUUUGCUUGGACAUUCGAAUUUGUCCAGUGGUACGUCAACUCCAACAACGUACCGCGCAACAAACUCUUGGACCAGGGCUACAAGAGUAUUGGCGAUUGGCACAGCACGCAAAAGGUCGGAGAGGGUGAGGGUGAAAGGGCCGGGCGGUGGAAGGGGAGGGAUAAGACAGAAUGUGGGUUGCAUAAGGAUUAUUGGGCGCUUAAGGCCAAGGCAACUGGUGCGGACGCUGCUGCGAGUGAGUCUCAAGCUCAGGCUGUGGCGGUUUCUGCCUGA